AAACUGGGGCCAGCGGACAUAAGUGGCUUUACCCUUAUUCUAAACACAAAGCAUAAAGAAUAACGAAAAUGUGUUUUGUAAAUAGAAAAGCAUUCCCCCUUCCAAUAUUAUUUAUCAAGCACUUAUUUGACGUCAACUUUUCCUUGUUUUCUAAAACAGGGACUUUUGUCCUAUCUAUAACCAUUGUGUAUAUUGAUAUAAUACCAAAAAAAAAAGAUAGCAGAAAUCAAAGUCAUAGGAUAUUAUCAGCCUGUAGUGACGUCGAUAACAUACGUAUUUACCCUUUAUCUAUCUUUUUUCUCCCUUUGAUAAGACAAAUAGGGAGUUAACACGUAAAUGGUAAGAAUCUUGUGUGUUAGUGCAAGAUAUGUGACAUGAUCGGCUGAUUGCUCC